AACAGGCCAGCGGGCGACUCAUCUGGUCCUUACGGGCUACGUGGUGCCCGCGGGCACUGCGUUGGUGACCCCUGGUGUGUACAUUACAGUGCUACCUUUUAUGUUGCAGGCUCUAAAAAUGAAUAAAUACAUAAUUAGGCGCGGAGAUAGCUUAAAAGAAAAAAAUGUUUUAAUCGAUUCUUGAAAACUCGCAAUAGAUGAGAGUUGCGAUUGGGCUGUCAAUCCAUUUUAACCCCCUACCCCCCUUACUAUUCCUAGUCCCAAACUACUCCAGUCAAAGUUCAAAUGUAUUCUCGCUAAAGAUGAAUCCAUUUCCUCUUGUUCCACUAGAAAGAGAUGCUUUCGACACGCUGCUGGAUCACGCACCUGACAAGCUCAAUGUGGUGAAAACGUCCCUCAUCACCUUUGUCAACAAGCACCUGAACAAGUUGAACCUGGAGGUGACUGAGCUGGAAUCUCAGAAAAUUACCUGCGGGCCGCAAUUGGCCCCCGGGCCACACUUUGGACACCCCUGGUAUAGACGUACAGUACAUCUCCUGCUGUCCCGCACUCAGUUUGCAGACGGAGUUUACCUCAUCUUGUUGAUGGGGCUGCUGGAGGACUACUUUGUGCCUCUCUACAACUUCUUCCUCACCCCAGAAAGCUUCGACCAGAAGGUGCACAAUGUGGCAUUUGCUUUUGAGUUGAUGCAGGACGGCGGGCUCAAAAAACCCAAAGCCAGACCAGAAGAUGUGGUCAACCUGAACUUGAAGUCCACCCUUAGAGUCCUCUACAACCUUUUUACCAACUACAAGAACUCUGACUGACAGCGUCUGCAAGGAAUGACAAACAUCGACUCUUAAAGGAAUGUUACGCACAAGUGGAUGAGAGUCGCGACUCAUUCAUCUUCCCUUAAACCUGCUUUGAUUAUUUAUUCUUUUCACGCAAGUUUAGUCUGGCUGAGCUUAGCCUGUCUCCGUGUGGCGCAGCGCGGCCUUCAAAUGCAACACAUGAAUAUUAAAUUCACCCUGCCAUCUAAAAUGCUCUAAUGUCUUUUGUAUGAAUAUUAAAUGAUGGUUCCGA